AUGGCGAAUAAGAAGACAGUGAUUCUGAAUCUAUUGACUUUGGUGAAAGUGGUGGUGGUGCGGUCAACAGAUGCACUGUGCGAGAAUCAUGGUUUGCCCUAUGAUUGGGUGUUCGAUUUACCCGAAUACUAUGCCAAAGUCUAUGUCUACAAGCGUCCCCAUCUGGAUUUUUUUAUCAAGAAAAUCUAUGCGUGGUGCCAUCUGAUCGUGUUCACCACUUCAGAUAGGGUGUGGACUCCGCUUGUGCUCGACUAUUUGGAUGGUGGACAGAAUGUGCUCAAUAAACGCUUGGACGGCAGCGACUACAAUCGUGGACUCGGCUUUGAUCACCUUUCGCUAGCUUAUAACGAUCUGACCGGCAAAAUUCUGCUGGCUCAUACCAACCAGAUUUCCGCUGACAAUAAGGACAAUACCAUACCAAUCGAUGACUAUGUCAUCGGUGCCUGGGACCAGAAGCUGCUCACUCUGCUGCCAAUAAUCGAUUCUCUUCGCUUUGUCGAGGAUGUGCGUUCAAUCUUGAGGCGUUACCGGCGUUGA